AAGCAAUCGUCAUGGCCAACUUGGCAACCUGGCUCACGUCGAACAGGAUUAAUUGGUGUCAAAUUAGGGAUGAUGCCUAUGUGGAUGAAAGAUGGAACUAGAGUACCUGUAACUUUAAUUAAAAUUCAGCAAUGCCAUGUAUUGCAUAAUAAAACCAAAGCAAAGGAUGGAUAUUGUGCAGUCCAAGUUGGUGCUGUGGAUCGACUAAAACUCUUAUACGUCAGAAGAGCUCAACUAGGCCAUUUCGCAAGAGCUGGUGUUAAUCCGAAAAGGAAAGUAUGGGAGUUUAAAGUAUCUGACGACGCUCUUAUUUUAAGGGGAACCCUUCUACAUGCCAUGCAUUUCGUUCCCGGACAAUAUGUUGAUGUCAAAGCGAAAACGAUUGGUAAAGGUUUUCAAGGUGUCAUGAAAAAACAUGGAAUGAAGGGACAGCCUGCGACCCAUGGUGUAUCAUUAACCCACAGAAAAAUGGGUGCUACCGGCGGUGGUCAGGAACCCGGACGCAUUUGGCCUGGUAAGAAAAUGGCUGGAAGAAUGGGAAAUAAAUAUCAUACAACUAAGAAUUUAAGAAUACUGCGUAUCAACACAAAAUACGAUAUAUUAUAUGUUAAAGGUGCCGUACCUGGCCAUGAAAAUCAGUUCAUUCGCAUAACUGAUGCCAUUUUUAAGCCUCCUAAGGAACCUCCUCCAUAUCCGACCUACUUUCACCAAUCUGGUGAUGAAAUCCCCGAAGAAAUUUUUGCUGAGGAC